AUGGCAGAGCAGGAGGGAGCAGCUGCUGUGGGUCUCCUGUGUAUCGAGCCAGUGGAGGAGGAAGGGGUCAAAAACGGAGGAAGGAGCCUGUGCCUUGCCCAGGUCGGAGCAAUUGGAGAGUUUGCGAGUUGGGCCAUCCCUGGGCAGGUGGGAUCAGAAGCUGAGGAGGGAUUGGCCCAGAGCUGGGAAGUCCAAUGGCAGGAUUUCUUGAAGGUGGUGCACAGCCCUCACCGGGAGAGCCCUGAAUUGCCGAAGACCAUGCGGUGGGAAGUCACCAAGUCCUCCCUGGUUCCUUCCGAAAUGGCGGCCAAUUUGGGCAGCGGGCCGCAAGGGGAGGUAGCGAUUGGACGCUUGCCGGGCCUCGAAGCCGGAGCCCCAGAGGUCUCUCGCAACCAGGAGACAGGGGACAGUGGAGAAGUGCUGGAGAUCCUGAGCCAGGCGGACCUGGAAUCCCGACGGCAGCGCUUCCGGCUCUUCCGCUACCAGGAGGGCGAGGGCCCCCGGGAAGUUUUCGACCGACUCCACGAUCUUUGCUGCCAGUGGCUGACUCCCGAGAGCCACACGAAGGAGCAGAUCUUGGAAUUGCUGAUCCUGGAGCAGUUUCUGGCUGUCCUGCCCUCGGAGAUGCAGAGCUGGGUCAGGGAAGCCGUUCCAGAGUCCUGUUACCAGGCGGUGGCCCUGGCCGAGGAUUUCCUGCUGAGACAGCGAGAGGCCGAGGAAUGGGAAGGACAGGUGCUCGGGACGUCUGCAGAAGUGGCUGUGAGCUUCUCCGAAGAAGAUCAGGCACCUUCGGAGCCCUACAGCGGAGUCAAGCAGGAGGGUGUCAGGGAUGCCAGCUUGCUAGGAGGAGAGGAGCUUGUGAGCGAAUGUGAUGUAGUAAGAACAGAGCUGGAAGUAAACUUAGAGAACCAGGCAGAAAGUCCAACAGAAACUUGGAAGCAUCAGUCAAUUGCUGGUUCUUGGGCUGACCUGCCCGAAAUCACAAUCCCACAACAGGUGACGAGAAAGAAGACCACGUACACCACCUUCAGGAAAAGCCGGGCCCAGAAACUAGACCUUAAGAGACAUCAGAGAAUCCACGCGGGACCGAAGCUGCACAUCUGCACAGAAUGCGGGCAGAGUUUCACACGGAAAGCCAACCUCUUUCGACACCAGCUACUCCACACUGGGCAGAGGUCGCACCUGUGCGCAGUCUGUGGGCGAAGCUUCACUCGGAGAGAAAACCUGAUAAGACACCUGAGAAUUCAUACAGCAGGUCAGGGGUGGAUGAUUCAGCACGAGGAGGGGCAACUUCAGGUGCCGUUGGAAGAAACUGAAGCGGCUGUGCUGGAGAACCAAGAUGGCCGAAAGAAGGCGGAGAUGCACCAAACGGGGAACUGGAGGGAUAAAUCCCUGGAAGAUGAGGAGGGUGCCUGCUUCGAAAUCACAAUCCCUCAAAUGGUCCGCCAAGGGACGAAGAGGAACACAUGCUCCGUUUGUGGGAAAAGCUUCACUCGCAAAUCGACCCUUAAUAGACAUCAGAGAAUAGUGCACACAGGAGAGAACCUUUAUACAUGUUCAGAUUGCGGGAAAAGCUUCUGCAAGGCACCGUCGGAACGUAGAAUACCCGAGGCAGCGACUCACGCAGGAAAGAAAGAUGUACAUCAGUGUGUCAAAUGUCAGGAGAAAAGUAAUCUAAACCCGAGUCUUAAAAGCCGCAAGAGAAUCUACAAAGGGAAGCAGCCGUUCAAGUGUUUGGACUGCGACCGAAGUUUCGGCUGCCACUCGCACCUUCUUAGACACCAGAGAAUCCACACGGGAGAGAAACCGUACCUGUGUCUGGCCUGCGGGAAGAGUUUCCGUCAGACUGCGCACCUUGUUAAGCAUCAGAGGACGCACGGGAAUCAGACACAAUUUGUCUGGUGAAGGUGACGGAGGAGGAAACGUCUCCUGGACUUCACACCUUAUUUAGAUUCCUGCAGGGGGUUGGACUCGAUGGCCUUAUAGGCCCCUUCCAACUCUGCUAUUCUAUGAUUUUAGACAUCAGCAGAGGAAAGAGAGAUGCACACACAUAUUUUGCAUCACCUUUCCCCCAACCUGGUGUCCUCAGCGUGUGUUGGACUACAACGCCCAGCAUCCCCAGCCAGCUGCUUUGCAUGCAGAAAAUCCCAGGUUCGAUGUGGAGUAUCUCCAGCUGAAAGGAUUUCGGGUAGUAGUUGAUGAGAAAGUCCUCCUUCUCCCUGGGGAAGGGAAUGGGAAAGUUCUGCAGGGGGAACUCAGGUCUCUGCAGGCCCGAUGGACAACCUAAUUAGGCCGGAUUAGACCCAAAGGCUGGAGGUUGCCCACCCACGCCAUAGAGAGCCACGGCCACUAAGGUGACCCUAUGGAAAGGAGGACAGGGCUCCU